CACAAAGACCAUCACUUCCUCUCUGCCUCCGUCUCUUGUUCGGUUUCAUACCUUUGUCUUCUAAUUCCAAAAACCAACAAUGGUUCCAGAAAUCACUAUUGAUGUUAACGUCUUUCCGAGUCCACGCAAGUCUUCAUCGAAUACAGUGGAGAUCAAUCUCAAGCGUGAGAGCGACGACAAGUGUGAUGAUGCUCCUCUGUUCCAAAUCACUCAACUUAUCUUAAAAGACGUCGUUAACUUUGAUCCACACAAGACCUCUCCUCUCCUCGAAACAAUCUUUCCAGACAGUAUCUCAGGCACUCGUCUUUGCGUUGAGAUGGCUUUAGCAUCCGAACGAGUUCCAGCGCCGUUUGACAUGUACCUUCACGUCACAGUGAGAUUCGUCGAAGAAUCCACUUCUAGUUCUCCUCUAGAAAACAAGACAUGCGCUAUUUGUUUGGAGGAUAUGUCACAGGAUGUACAUGACUAUCAGGAGAUGCCGAAUUGUCCCCAUGUCUUUCAUAAUGACUGUAUCUACAAAUGGUUGGGUCAUAGUAAUUUGUGCCCUCUCUGCCGCACUGUUCUUGAAGAUGAAGAUGACGACGAUUAUCCCUACUACUCCUAAACAGAGUCAUGAAGAUUUCUUUUUUUAGGGUUUUUAGGUUAAGAAUGAUGAUUUGUUGAUUUUCUUGAGAUGAUAUUGUAAUGAUUCGAUUUG